AUGAUUACUACAGUAAAUGAGUCCAACGUUAUCUCUUCCAGACGCAACCUUAUGCCUCUCACCCUCUCUCCUCCUCUCAUUUCUCCUCUCUAUUUCCUCUCUCUCGAUCUCUACUUUGUCUCGAUCCAGGAAUGGCAAGCGAGCGAUGAUGGCACAGAGGCGAGGCGCAUCAUCCUGGUGCUUGGCACGGGCCACGGCGGGUGGUGCUGGUACCGGGUCACCACGCUGCUUUGCGUCGCGGGCCACCGCGUGGAUGCACCGGACCUUGCAGCCUCGGGCACCGAAGCACGCCCGCUCCACAACGCGCCCACCUUCGAGGACUAUAGGCGAUCAUUGCUCGACCUUCUCUGCGUGCUCCUGGCGGGGGAGAAGGCGGUCCUGGCCGGCCACAGCUUCGGUGUCAUGAGCGUCGCGCUCGCUGCGGAGGUGUUCCCAGAGAAGGUCAUGACCGCGGUCUUCGUCACCGCGUUCAUGCCGGACUGCACCAACCCACGCUCACACGUCAGCGAACAAGUACUUCGGUUCUCGACUACAUGCAUGUUGGUUAUCGAGCUAGCUGAAGAUAGUAGACCAGCGGCUGACAUGAUCCUUGUUUGGUUGUUUUCCCCUGUUGCCAUCUCUGUGGAAGCUUCCCCUGUUGGACUGGGUGGACAGCGUGACAGACUCAGAGCACGUGGAUUUCUUCUUCCAUUUGUGUAA